AAGAAGGCUCCAGAGCUAGUUAACUCAUGUGCUCAAGUCAUCAGGCCCACCAGAGCGGAUUAGAGCGAAGCCAUUGUGACUGCCAGACACACUCAAUGCCAGGCCGUGGUGAUGCCCCUCAAGUUAACAAAGGCCAGUGAUCAAAGGGAGCGCUACGACAGAGCGGGCCCUGUUCAGAUUCCUGACGGAGUGCAGAGGACUGUACAGAGUAUUUUAUUCAUUUCCCCUCUGGAAAGCCCUGAGGCUUGCGGGAUCCGAAAAAUCCACACAAAAAAAAGAAGGAAAAUAAAUAAAUAAUCCGAAGAGAUGGCCUGUUCAGGCCAGAUAAGAGCUCUUGUGGUCGGGCUCACCCUGGUGCUCUGCCUGGGCGCGAGUGCGGGUCAGCGGGACUGCACCGGGGUGGACUGCCCGGUGGUGGACAACUGCAUCGAGGAGGUGCUGGAGACGGGCGCGUGCUGCUCGUCGUGCCUGCAGCGCGGCUGCGCCUGCGAGGGCUACCAGUACUACGACUGCCUGAACGCGGGCUUCCGCGGCGGCAAGGUGCCCGAGGACGAGUCCUACUUCGUGGACUUCGGCAGCACGGAGUGCUCGUGCCCGGCGGGCGGCGGCCGCAUCACCUGCCACUUCAUCCCGUGCCCGGACAUCCCGCGCAACUGCAUCGAGACGGUCACGCCGAUGGACGGCUGCGCCCAGUGCGAGCGCGUCGGCUGCGUCCACCAGAGCCAGAAGUACGAGGCCGGACACACCUUCCAGAUGAGCCCGUGCGAGGUGUGCCACUGCCCCAAAGACGGCGGCAGCCUCAUGUGCUCCCCAGUGCCGGGCUGUGACCCCCAGAAGGUCAAGAAGCCCAUGCUAGCGUCCACCACGGAGGGCAGCGACAGCCAGGCCCACCCCGGGACCUUCAGUAACUUCCUGCCCCUCUACAAAGAGGAUCCCUCAGACACGCCCGCAGACGAAGACUACGACUACCCGACGGACCUCGCCACGGCGGACACCCGAGACGCGGGCGAACCCGCCGAACCGACCUCCCCGCCUCCCUCCUUCUCCGAAACGUCGUCAUCUUCCUCCCACGCUUCCUCCUCCGGAGGAGGCCCCAGACAAGAGUUCAGGGAGGCGCAGGGGGCUUACGAAACCAGAGACGCCGCAGAGGAGCACAUGUCGAGUCCUCCCUCCGCCGCGGAGACGGCGACCUCCAGGCACCAGGAGGGGACAAUGGCAGCGGACAAAGCCCCGGCCCCAAAGCACCACGGGCCGCCCCGGGAGGCCCCCGAGGGCCAGAGCCGGCGACACGCCGAGGAGGAGCCCCAGAGAGGAGCCCCGGAAGAGGACCUCCCGCACACCGCUCACAGCGAGGGGCACCCCAGACGCAAGACUCACCACGGGCACGGGCACGGGGACAGCCACGGGGACAGCCACCGAGACAGCCACGGGGACAGCCACGGUGCCGCCGCCGCCGGUCAGGAGGAAAACCACCUGCCGGGCUCCCGCGACGGGCGCCAGGACGAUUCCCCGCCCUCGUUGAAGUUCAGCCCGUCCAGGCCGCCGCCCGUGAAGGUGCGGGAGGACCGCGAGCGCAGCCAGAGGAGGCAGUCGCAGACGCUGCUCCACUACCACACGGGAGAGCAGCAGCAGCAGCAGCAGGAGGAGCGCGGCGGCAGCCACAGCAACAGCAACAGCCCCUACGCCCACCAGUUGUCGGCGAAGGAGCUGGUGGAGGUGUGCUGCGAGGCGGGAGAGAAGUGGGCCUCCGUCCACGGCCACUGCUCCGACAUGGCCGCCGUGCACAAGGACACACACUCCAUCUGUUGGUCGGCCCAGAAGCAGUGCUGCAGCGGUUCCCUGAAAGAGAGGAAGUGUUUGGCCGGCGUCACGGCCGCCAAGCAAGGGGACGCUUGCGAGCUGGACGACAACGACCACUGCGGCGCGGACUCCUAUAAGGAGUGCUGCAGCUGCUGCUCGCUGGGCCUGCACUUCCGUAAGGAGGGUCUCCCAUGCGAGGCGCACCAGUACCUGGGCUUCCCCUGCAGCCACGUCUUCCUCACCUGCUGCGAGGGGGAGGAGGCGGCCAGCUGGAGCACGCUGCGCCAGAGACCCCCGCUGCAGCCCACCACACCGCCCAAGAGAGUUUCAGACAGCCCGUACCCCAAGGAGGCCUUCUCCAUCGGGGAGGCGGAGGACGGGGAGAACACGGUGGAGGGGGCGGAGGGCCUGCGCGACCUGGACGAGUGCAAGCUGUACGAGGGCAAGCUGUGCCACCACAUGUGCGUCAACACACAGGGCUCCUACCUGUGCGCCUGUCACCCGGGUUACACACUGCAGGAAGACGGGCGCAUCUGCGAGCCAGAGACUGAUGCAGAGGAGGAGAAUAGACUGAGGGAACAGGAACAGGAACACCAGAGUGCUGCUGCUGCUGCUGCUGCUGCUGAGACUACAACAGCUCCGGCACCACCCACCACCACCACCACCACCACCGUCUACCAUGACCCAUGCGCAGGAAAUGGGCCGUGCGCGCAGAGAUGCACCCCGGUGGAAGGGCGUCCACAGUGUUCCUGUUUUCCAGGAUUCUCUCUGGCAGCGGACGGCCUCUCAUGUGAAGAUGUAAACGAGUGCUUGCUUAUGUCCCAUAACUGCCAGCUGAAUGAGAGGUGUGUCAACACGGCUGGCCAGUACUUCUGUGAGAGACUCAUCGUCUGCCCUGCAGGCUACCAGGAGAACAACAACGUCUGUGAAGAUAUCGACGAGUGCGCGCAGAGGACCCAUAACUGCCGGAUGGGCUACGAGUGCCGAAACACGCCGGGCUCCUUCACCUGCCAGACCAUGGCCAGGUGCUCCAGCGGAUUCACCCAGGACGCCAUUGGGCACUGCGUUGAUGUGGAUGAAUGCAACACUGUUGCCCAGCCCUGCACUCCUGGGUUCAACUGCAUCAACACCGUGGGCUCGUACACCUGCCAGCGCAAGGUCAUCAUCUGUAGCCGUGGUUACCACGCUAGCCCUGACGGAAACAGGUGCAUAGAUGUGGACGAAUGCCAAACCGGAGUCCAUCGCUGCGGAGACGGGCAGACGUGCCAAAAUCUGCCUGGCACCUACCGCUGCGAAUGCCAGCCUGGGUACCAGUACGACAUGUUCCGCAAGACGUGUGUGGAUGUGAACGAGUGCUGGCGCUAUCCGGGCAGGCUGUGUGCGCAGACGUGCGAGAACACCCCCGGCUCCUACCAGUGCUCCUGCACCGCCGGCUUCCGCCUCGCCAGCGACGGCAAGAACUGCGAAGAUGUGAACGAGUGCCUGAACAACCCCUGCAGUCAGGAGUGCGCCAACAUCUACGGAUCGUACCAGUGCUACUGUCGCCAGGGCUACCACCUCCAGGAGGACGGCCACAGCUGCGAUGACAUUGACGAGUGUUCCCAGAGCAUGGGACACAUGUGCACGUUCAAGUGUGUGAACGUUGAGGGCAGCUACCAGUGUGCCUGCCCAGAGUACGGCUACACCAUGUCCGCUAACGGCCGAUCCUGUCAAGAUAUUGACGAGUGUGCUAUCGGGACUCACAACUGCUCCGUGUCAGAGACCUGCUACAACAUCCAGGGAGAUCACCGCUGCCUGUCCUUCCACUGCCCCGACAACUACCGCCGCGUCUCCGACACACGGUGUGAGCGGAUGAACUGUCCUAACUUCGUUGAGUGCCAGAACUCUCCUCUGAGGAUCACCUACUACCAGCUGAGCUUCCAGACCAACACCAUCGUUCCAGCUCAGAUCUUCCGCAUCGGACCGUCGCCGGCCUAUUCCGGAGACAACAUCAUCAUCAGCAUUCCGCGCGGCAACGAGGAGAACUACUUCAGCACGCGCAAGCUCAACACCUACACGGGCGCCGUCUACCUGCACCGACAGCCGCGCGACCCGCGGGACUUCCUUAUCGAUGUGGAGAUGAGGCUGUGGCGUCAGGGCACCUUCACCACGUUCCUCGCCAGGAUCUACGUCUUCAUCACAGCACCUGCCCUCUAACCGACAUAUCCCUACGCCUUCAUCGCAGCACCUGCCCUCUAACGGACAUAUCACUACGCCAACAAACUCAAGCCCUCUAACCGACAUGCCACUACGCCUACAAACUCAAGCCCUCUAACCCACAUGCCACUACACCUACAAACUCAAGCCCUCUAACCUACACGCCUCUACACCUACAAACUCAAGCCCUCUAACCCACACGCCACUACGUCAACAAGCUCAAGGCUUCUAACCAGCUACCACUACACCUACAAACUCAAGCCCUCACCAAUCCACUAGCAUGCCACUAUGCCUUUGAGCUGUGGCUCUCAGUUACCCACAUUCCCAGUUUUGGUGAUUAACCUUUCUCCCUCUCAGCGAGCUUUCUGUCAUGCCCAGCUCUACAUAACAGUGGAGCUCCCUCCUGUUCUCUAAGUUCUCCAUCACACAUGCCUGGCCACGCCUGCUCGAUCUACUUUCAGGAAGAUACUAGUCUGGAACAUGAUAGUUCAGAAUCAGAAUCAGCUUUAUUGGCCAGGUUUGCGUAAACAAACAAUGAAUUUGACUCCGGUUCAUCUUUGCUCCCAAGUACAACACUCAACAAUAACAUAAAAAAAACAGUAAGAAUAGAAUAAGACAGUCAGAAAAUUGGACAAACGCACAAAAACAAACAAAGUACUAGAGAGCUGCAUUGGGAGAAAUGCAGAAAUUUAUUUACAGCAAAGCUCGGCCCACAUGUAUUGUUUACUGACUGAUAGUGCUGUUUAUUGUCAGUUUGUAAAGUUUAGGCCGAAGUACAGUAGCAGGUCAUUUUAGGAAUAUCUGAUCAAUGUUAUUGGUAAGACUGGAGCAAUGAAUUUCAAAGUUCUACGCCUGUCAUGCUAGCUUGUAAAUCCCAAUUAUGAGUGAGCAGACUCUAUUCACUGGUGAAUGAGUUGGGUUUUCCAGGCUAGUAACACCUAGCUGACACCUGUAAUACCUUGCUCAAAAGAGAGAAUCUUUAGAACGAAACAUGAUCACAAGAACAGGGCACAAACAGGAUCACAAGAACAGGGCACAGGGCACAUUUACCAUCCCAGUGUGUGAGCAAAGAGUAAAGACUGACAAUAUACCGAGGAAACGAAGGGUUUAAAUUCUUUGGGGCUAAGUAUGAGGGUUUGAAUGCUCUGGGGGGCUAAUCAUGACACACACCACAAGGUGAAACAAAAUCAGGAAAUGAAAAAAAGGACCAACAACAGAGAAACCAAGAAAGACACCUUCCUUGAAUCUCUAUAUUGAACUUCAGGCCACUGGUGGUGUGAUGACGAACAUCAUUCUGAUGAAGAGGCUUGUAAGCUCGAAGCAUCACCCUUCUUGUGAGAAGUUUAGUAAGAAAUUUCAAAAGAGCCCUGCACUAGAUUUUCCUUUUUCUUUUUCUCCUGAUUACGCGGUUCUCACUUGAUUGGGUUAAUCAAGGGCAUCGUUAUCACCCCACGGUAUCACUCUCCGUAGCUGUAGCACACAGGGAUAUAGCGAGAGCAGGUUGAGCGCAGGAAGACCCUAGGAGGUGGAUUGAGAACCCCUUUAAUCAGACCAAAGCCCAGCAGGGCAGCGCUGGCCCAAAGGACAUUAUGGUGCAAACAUGUCAUUGUGUGGUAGCAGAUCUGCCGCAGUGAUGUCACUCUGAAAGGCCGGUAAAAAAUACACACACCAAUGUCCUGAGUCUUUGGUUUAGGACUUUAUGGGCAGGAUAAGACCCAUUCACUUUGUCUUCGAAGGCAAUGAACAAAUCCUAAACCAUAUAAUCAAUAUUUACAGUACACGUGGAACUAUUUUAAACAUCCUCCCUUUAGAGUUUCAUUAUUACUUUUUUGUCUAGAAGUAUUUUGGCAACUCAGAUUACAUGUUGCAGUAAUCCUGGACUGGAACUCUCAAUAAAGAACUCUCCUCUCAUUGAACUGUUCUCCGCCAGGUUAUAGGAAAGAAACCGUCCAGGGGUAUUUUGACUUUACCCGUUAAGACCGGAUGUGCCUUACAAGUGUUUCUCCCUUUAAGGCCGCAUGUGCCGUCAGAGUGUUUCAUAAAAUGCUUAGGCUUUAGGGAGCCUUUUCAAUGGGAACUCUAUCUUAAUAGGUUAAACCAGCCUACAACUGUUACCUGUUAUUGUCUGCCGAGAUUAUGAUCAUAUGCCUUUAAGAAGUAGAUUGUGUACAUUAUAUUUAUGCUGCCUACUUUUCUUCUUACCUCAUAAAUGGAAUGAUACUGGAAAGGGGAAGGCUCUUAAUUUGAGAUGUGUGUUGUUCAAGAUGAAAGAUGAAUAUGUUUAUAAAAUGGGCAUGUUGAAACUUCUGCUAUUUAUCCCCAGCACAUGCACCUCUGUCCUUAAAAAAGCUUUCGAGAGAAUUCUUUUGCUAAAUAUUCUAUUCUGUUCGCACAUGUAUUUGUGAUUUCUGGCACAUUAUCAUAUGGAUGUAUAAAAUUUUAAGCUGUUUCCAUGAAUUCUUAUGAUUUUUGGUAAAAAAAUAAAUAAAUACAUUAAAAUGUA